CCUGGCAUCUGGUUCGUCUUGGUUUGCCUGUGGCAAUGGGUGGAUGGUUAUGGCCUUGGGUGGUUUUAUUGGCUGUGUACUUGCAAGCUGCAAGCAGUCUUAAUCGUUGCAAAGUGGGCUAUAGUCUGUGCAAGGAUGGCUCAGAAUGUAUCCCCUACAGCCAUGUGUGUGACGGAGAGGAGGACUGCAAUGAUGGUUCUGAUGAAGAAAACUGUGAAUCGGGCUGCAGUGCUGAUCAGUUCCAGUGUGCCCAUGGUAAGAAGUGUAUAGACAAGGACCAGGUAUGUGACGGUUCACCUCAGUGUCAGGACCGGUCGGAUGAAAAGAACUGCCUGGAACGCUCUGAGGAAUGUGCUCACCACUGUGAUGACAAGAGCCACUGUCUGCCUGCCAGCUUCAUUUGUGAUGGCGAGAAGGACUGUCUGGAUGGCACUGAUGAGGCAAACUGUGAGGACCAAGAGGGAGCAAGGACAGAUGCAGGUCCUACAAAGGCUCCUUCAGGUCAGUCUCGCCUCAUCAGGUGUGGUUUAGGCUCCCAGAUGUGCAAAGACAAGUCAGACUGCGUCCACUACAACCAUGUCUGUGAUGGGGAACCAGACUGUCGUGAUGGCUCAGAUGAGGAAAAUUGCAUGUCGGAAUGUGGAAGUGACCAAUUCCAAUGUGCCCAUGGCAGAAAGUGUAUAGAGAAAAGCAAAGUGUGUGACGGUGUGCCGCAAUGUCAGGACCGUUCAGACGAAACUGGAUGUGCCAAGCGCAUGGAGGGCUGUGCUCACUUGUGUGACGAAAACAGCCGCUGUGUCCCCAGUAGCUUCCUGUGUGAUGGGGAGCAAGACUGUAGCGACGGCAGUGACGAGGCAGCCUGUGCUGAUGUGCGGUGCAGCGCUACAGAGUUUAAGUGCCUCAGUGGCCAAUGUGUUCUGACCUCCAUGCGUUGCGAUGGUCACCCUGACUGCUGGGACCGCUCGGAUGAGGAUGGAUGCACCAAACCACCAGUCUGCACAACCAAACACCACUGUCCCCAGAGCAAGGAGUGCCUGGUGCAAGAGUGGCUCUGUGAUGGAGACCAGGACUGCAAAGAUGGCUCUGAUGAAAAGGAUUGCCCUGUGGCUCCAGUCAGCUGCAGUGACUUCCAGUGGACUUGUAAAUCAAAGACUCUGUGUAUUCCUAAAGUCUGGAAGUGUGAUGGCAUGAAAGACUGCGACGACGGUAGUGAUGAGGCUGAAUGUGGGGUGGCCACAUGCCUUCCUCAUGAGUUCCAGUGUGGCAGCCAGGCAUGCUUGGAGCCAGGUCUGGUAUGCAACGGUGUUACCAACUGUGCAGAUGGUUCAGACGAGGGCGGCAGCUGCCAGAUGGCCUGUACAGAGGCUGACAAUAACCGCUGCUCACAGGGAUGCUACAGCACACCCCAAGGCCCGCGCUGUCGGUGUAUAGCAGGGUACAAACCUCUGGAGGAUGGGCAGACGUGUGCUGAUGUAGAUGAGUGUGUGGGCCAGGCACAUGCUGUGUGCAGUCAUCUGUGUAUCAAUACACCUGGGUCAUACCAGUGUGAGUGCUAUCCAGGUUUUAUAAUGGAGGCAGAUGGAAGCCAAUGCAAAAUCACAGGUGAACCAUUCCUGUUGCUGUCAAUACAAACUGAGUUGUACAUGUAUGGCUUGCGGAGUGGAAGCCUAGAUGUCUUGUCGUCAUCUGCCAAAAAGGCAAUCUUGUCUAUAGACUAUGACUGGAGGGACCAGAAAGUCUUCUGGGUCAGUGUGGACACAGAAACAAUCAGGUGGUCUUCAAUGGACCAGAAGACUACAGGAAUUCUGACUAAAGGUGUCCGGGCAGAUUCUGUAGCUGUGGACUGGCUCGGAAGGAACCUGUACUGGAUUGAUGGUGUGAAUAGUCAGAUUGUGGCAGUCAGACUUGUGAAAGCUUCUGUUAAGUCAUUGACUCAAAGCAUCAUCCUGGAUGACGACUUGGAUCAGCCUCGGUCUCUGGCCCUACUACCACAAAAAGGGCUGAUGUUUUGGACAGAAAUUGGUAACCUGGUGAAGAUCGAACGUGCUGGAAUGGAUGGGUCUGAGAGGAGGGCAGUAGUGAACUCCAGCUUGGGGUGGCCAGGUGGAAUUGCAGUAGACAGUCUUUCAGAAAGGAUUUUCUGGACAGAUGAAAGAUUAAGUGCACUUGGUUCUUCCACACUGGAUGGUGAUGACAUAAAGAUUCUCCAGAUGAAGGAGACCACAAAUCCAUUUUCUGUGACUGUAUUCAACAACUUGCUUUACUGGUCUGAUGCCAAGAGGAGAGUGGUGCAAGCUGUAAAUAAACUCUCUGGUAAGGACCGGCAGGUUAUCCUCAAGAGACCUGGACAACCAUUUGCUGUUAAGAUUAUGCACCCAAUAAUGCAAAUGGAUACAGAGAGCCCCUGCCAGAAGAUGGUCUGUUCCCACAUGUGUGUGUUGGCACCAAGACGCAAGGCUGUGUGCAAGUGUCCUACUGGUCUAGCUCUGGCUGAAGAUGGUCUAACCUGUUCCAGCCUGGCCACACAAACUUUCCUGCUGCUAUGGUCACCGCCUACUGUUACAAAGAUCUACUUGCAGUCUCAACGAGCAACAGAGCUGAAAGGCUGGCCUGAGCAUUUGGCAUUCCAGAUCCCUAGUAUCAGUGAAGCCAAGAUCAUGGACUACAGCGUGGAUGAGAAACUUCUUGUCUUGACAGAUGAUGGCACCACUUCAGUCAACUCCUUCAAGCUAAAGGACUCUGUCUUUGUUCCUCAAAGACAGCUUCUUAAACUGCUACAUGACCAAAUCACUGCCCUGGCCCUUGACUGGGUAACCCUAAAUGUGUACUGGAGCAGCAUCAAACAGUCCCGACUGCAUGUUACUUCAAAAACUGGUGCAUACACGGCAAUUGUCAUUAAAGAGGGGAUUACUGGUGUGGGUUCCCUUGCCCUUUAUCCUCAAAGUGGAAGAGUUUGUUUUACAAACUUGGCUCUGGAAGAUGCUGGCAGUAAGGCUUUAAUAGAAUGUGCUCACAUGGAUGGUGGAGAGCGAAAAGUUGUGUGGAAGGAAGCAAUUCAGCCUGCAUCUCUAGUCUUUUCCAGUAAUGGGGAUACAAUCUACUGGGCUAACAAAGGGACAGGAACAAUUGGUUUCAUUAAGAUUGACGGUACUGGAUACAAAGAAAUGGAAGCUGUUGCUGGGCUGACUGCUAUGGCACUUGAUAAUGAUGUUCCAAUCUGGAUGACUGUCAGUGACACAACCAGGCUUUGGUACAGAGAAGAUCAGCAGCCAAAACUGUGGUUUGAGGUUGCCACUAAAGUGGUUGGCUUGAAAGCCUUCAAGGGUACUCAGUCAGGUUCCAACCAGUGUACAAGAAACAAUGGCAACUGUCAGCACCUGUGCCUUGCUACCCCAACCGGUCGAACAUGCAAGUGUGCCCAUGACUUCAGAGCAGAAGACACUAAUUGCAGUCCAGAUCAAAGCUGCACAGCUGGCACCCGGCAAUGUCUGGACCAAACCUGCCUGCCAGUUGAGAAAUUCUGUGAUGGCCAUGCUGACUGCUCUGAUCACUCAGAUGAAAACUGUGCUGGUGCCAAGCAGGGGUCUGGAACCAAGGUCUCUGCUCCCACAAGUCCAAAGAGCACUUCUUCUCCUCGUGCUGUUUCCCCUCAGAAAGACCUGUCUGACACCCCAGAUAAAGACCAUGAGGUUUUGAACUUGGAAGCUCAGCAGUGCAGCCAGAAACAUUGCAGUGGAAAAGGAGACUGUGUAGAAAUCAGUGGGGUCACUACAUGCAAAUGUUCAGAGGGCUACAGUGGUGACUCCUGUCAGGACCAAGUGGCAAAAACAAUGCAGGGCCCCCUUAUCUACGGUGCAGUGGGUCUCUGUGGCAUAAUUGUUGUCAUUGCUGUGAUAGCAGCAGUCCUUAAAAAGAAUGCCGCCUCAAGGAGAAGCCCUGAUGCAACAGUGGAAACCAGCAUGUCAGACCUGGAGAAAAAAGUUGAAACCACACCCAGUGUGCAGAAUGCCCAGGCAGCUUCAGAGAAGCAAGAGGAACCAGUCGCUUCUGUGGAUUAACUUGAACUACAAACUUUUAAUAAAAAAAAACUGCAUUUUCA